ACAUGAAUUAAAUAAAUAUAUUACAAUUGAACUUCCUGAUAAUAAAUAUAAGCUUCUUUCAAUAUAUUCUGCAUUUGCAUAUGCAACAGUUUUAAAUACAAAUCAGAAUCUUAAAUAUAAAAUUUGUUAUAAAACUGAACAUAUAAAGAUAAUGUAAUCUUAUAAAUCGGUGUAAGUGAAGUUCAAAUUACCGCCACAUCCAGUACUACCAAUAACAAAAAGUUCCCAAAAGGUGAUCACUAAAAUGUUUCCUAUUGUAUACUGAUAUAAAUUAUAUACAAUUAUUAGUAAAAUAUAUAAUAUAUCGUCAAAUGAACUCAACUUUUGUUUUGCAUUUAUUAUUUUUCAUUUAAAUGUAUAAUUUUGUAUUAAAAUAAAUAUUACUUUGUUGUUUACUAUUGUAUAGGGACAUUUUGUAAUUGGCUAUGAAUUCCUCUCUUUCUACUGAAACACAACAAAAAAGCGGCGGUAAUUCUGUAAAUUCACGUGUAGGCAUGGUACAUUGUAUGUAACAGACAGUAUUAUAAAGUGUUCCUAAUAAAAUUACAGACAAGUGUCUAGUCACUUAUUCCUGAAGUAGAACUUUUGUAUACAAACUGAGAAAUGGAUCCAGAAAAAAUUGGUAAAGGACGAGGAGCUCUACUGUUAAAAUUAAUAAAAGAAAAAGAAAAAGCUGAAAAAGAUGAAACGGCACCAUCUAUGCCAACUACUUCUGGAAUACAUAGUCAAACACAAUCAAAUGUUCCAUCUACUGUUGGAGUGCCUAUGAGUUCAGCAAGCCCUUCUACUGUAGGCCAUGAUAGAAGUAGUUUAUUAAAUGUGUUAAAAAGAAUAAAACCUACAGAAGAACCAACCCCUACACCAAGACCACUAAAUCUCGGCAGAGGAUCCUUGCUAAGUCGACUUAAAUCUGCUCAUUCUGUUGAACAAUCCCAACAACCAACAGUUCCUGUACCACCUGUUGUCGAUGAAGGGGUCUUAGGUAAAUUAUCAGAUAUUACAAUACACGAUACUCCAAGCACUACUGAAUCAUCGUGUCCACCUCCCCAACCUAUUUCUAGACAAGGAACAGGUGGUAAACCGAUACAAUUGAGUGCCAACUACAUAGAUUUUAAAUUAGAUCCUGAAAAGCAGUUGUAUAAUUAUGAAGUUAAAUUUAACCCUGACAUAGAUUCAAGGCCACUGCGAAGAAAACUUCUUAAUCAACAUUUAGAAACACUUGGACGAACAAGAGUGUUUGAUGGAGUUACACUUUUCUUACCUUACAAGUUAAAGCAGGAAAAAACUAUUUUCGAAUCUGCACAUCCCAUGGAUGGAACAAAAGUGUUGUUAACAAUAAUAUACAAAAAGAUACAAAGUAUGUCAGAGAACAUUCCAUUUUUCAAUGUUUUACUUGGUCGUGUUAUGCGAGCCCUUUGUUUAAUUCGCAUUGGUCAACAUAACUUCAAUCCAAAGGGGAUACAUUCUAUACCCAUGCAUAAACUAGAAGUAUGGCCAGGUUAUGUCACGACCAUAAAUGAAUACGAAGGUGGAUUAAAAUUAUGUAUAGAUGCCCGCCAUCGUGUAAUGCGUACAGAAACAGUACGCGAUAUGAUGAUUACAUUUGGAAACAAACCAAAUUUUAAGGAUGCUAUUACCAAAGAAUUAAUUGGUAUGUCUGUAUUUACAAGAUAUAAUAAUAAGACUUAUCGUAUUGAUGAUAUUGCAUGGGACAAAAAUCCAACAUAUGAAUUUGAAAAAGGGAAUGAAAAAAUAUCCCUGUUAAAUUAUUAUAAGUUACACUGGAAUUUAGAGAUAAAGGAUUCAAAGCAACCACUUUUAGUUCAUUGUGCUAAAACUAAAUUGCCUACUGGUGGAAAACAAGAACAGUUGAUAUUGUUGGUUCCUGAAUUAUGUCAUACAGCAAGUUUGAGUGACAGUAUACGUUCAGAUUUUAGAAUAAUGAAAGAUCUUGAUGCAGUAACUAAAAUGUCUCCUAAUGCUCGGCGCGAUGUAGUUAGACAUUUUGUUCAAGAAAUACAAAAUAAUGAAAUACCGCGAACGAUAUUGGCUGAAUGGGGUUUACAUUUAGACACUGAUAUAGUACAAUUUAAAGGUAGAGCACUUGAAUCGGAAACUAUUUACUUCGGUAACGAAGUAACAUUCACACCUCCACCUCAUAAGCCUGCAGAAUGGAGCUCCACAGCAUGCAGAACUGCUUUGUUAAGGACUCCUAAUUUAAAUAAUUGGUGCGUUCUGCACUGUCAAAAAGAUUCAAGAUGUGUGAACGAAUUUAUUUCAAUGUUAAGAAAUGUUACAAAAGUUAUGGGCAUGUGUGUUAGAGAACCACAAACAGUAUGUUUAAGGGAUGAUAGGAUUGAUACUUUUGUACAAGCACUACGGAAUAACAUACAGCAAAAUAUCAAUUUAAUGGUUAUUGUAUUUCCGAGUAAUCGAACAGAUAGAUAUUCUGCAGUAAAAAGAGUAUGUUGCGUCGAAAUGCCUAUACCUUCUCAGGUAAUUAUGUCUCGCACUAUUUCUCGCGGUGACAAGUUAAAAAGCAUAACAGAAAAAAUUGCAUUACAAAUUAAUUGUAAAUUGGGUGGAGCACUUUGGGCGUUAUCUAUACCAAUGGAAAAUUGCAUGAUAUGUGGAAUAGAUGUGUAUCAUGCAGGUGUUGGUCAAUCAACAAAAGGUAGUGUUGCAGGCUUUGUAGCAAGUCUAGAUAAAUUAUUAACAACUUGGCACAGUAAAGUUUGUCUACAAGGUCAACACCAAGAAUUAAUAGAUAUGUUGCAAAUCUGCAUGAUUUCGGCAAUAAAGGCUUACUAUAAACAUAAUAAGCGUUAUCCAGAUCGUAUUAUUGUGUACCGAGAUGGCGUAGGGGAUGGGCAAUUGGAUAUAGUGGCAAAGUACGAGGUUAAACAGAUGUUAGCGAUAUUUAAAAAUAUAGAACCAAGUUAUCAACCGACGUUAACUGUUAUAGUAGUUCAGAAGCGCAUUAAUACUCGGUUAUUUGCAAGAACUCAAAGAGGAUUGGAAAAUCCUCCACCAGGCACAAUCGUAGAUUCCUUUAUAACAAAACCUAAUCUCUACGAUUUUUAUUUGGUAUCUCAAAACAUACGGCAGGGUACAGUGUCACCGACGCAUUAUGUCGUUGUUUACGACAAUAAAAAUAUGAAACCAGAGCAUAUACAACGAUUAACAUACAAACUAUGUCACUUGUACUACAAUUGGCCUGGUACUAUAAAAGUUCCUGCUCCCUGUCAGUAUGCACACAAAUUAGUUUCUCUUGUUGGACAAAACAUACAGUUGGAACCACACCAAUCGCUUUCUAAUAUGCUCUACUACUUGUAAGUUAUUUUUAUCUAUAACUGACUCAUCUUACUAAAAUGUGAUUGACUGUAUUUAGAUAUAUAUAGUCAAAUGUGACACCAAACAUUUUUAUGAGACUUAAAAUACUUGUAUGUAAGAUCUUUAUUAUUCACUUUUUUAUGAUUUCAAAAUAUUAUAAUUAAACCAAUGAAGUUACCUUUUUGUUGUAAGAUAUAGAUUAAACAAUAUUUAAGUUCGUAUUAUUAUACUUAAUUAUAACAUAGAAAUAAAUGAUAUAUUCACAGAUCUGCAAUAGUAAAGAGUUUUAUAUGAAAUUUUUGUUAAGUUACAGACUCAUAGUAUUAUGUGAAGUAUCAUGUUGAUUAUUAUAGAUUUUAUACAUUUCCAUAAUUGUAAGUAAUAAAUUGUAACAAUUUAGUACAAAUAUUUUGUUCUUAAUUACUAUAUUUUUACAUAUAAUUCAGAGUAUAUGUACAUCACACAAUUGUAUACAUGUUUCUUAAUGAUCAUGUGGAUGCAAUAUAAUUUCUAUGUUUUUUUAUAUAAAUAAAUACUUAUAUUUUUUCAUAAGUACAAUGAUUAUUUCUAAUUAUAUGAAUUUUAAUUGUUAUCAUUGUUCGAAUUAUGAUAUUAAAGAUGAUAAUACCUAAUCUCAAAGCUAUUGUUUCUAGUAAUCCCCAAAUCAUUAAAUACACAGAAUAUGAAUCACACAGAAAAAGUUUCAGAAUCGAGUACGAACUCUGGACCUUGUGCAUGAAUAUCAAAUAUACCAACUACUUCGUGAAACACAUACUUCACCUUAAUUUACAUAUUAUAACAGGACCAAUGAAUUACACGAAUAACGUUCAUCUUUGGCCUUUGAUUUCAUGCAAAUUUAACCAUGGCUAUGUUUACUUUUCCGAGUUGUGCAACAUUAUGCAUCACUCAUUAUUAGAAACUAUAUUUUCUCCUUAAACACUGUUCGAAACGAUUAGUAUGGCCGAUUAGUCUAGAGGAAUUUAUUUAUGUGCUUACGUAUGUGUUUACAAACGACCCUGCCGAUGAGGAUCCAAUACCCAGAACGACGCGAGCGAAAUGCGUGUAUCCAUAGUCGUCCACCUUGACUUGAAAGCACGCAUACGUGUUCGUGCAAGCGCAUGUCUCUAUAUUAUGACGUUCUAUGUCAGUGUGAGACAUUAAAGGAAGCAGUGGCGUAACAAAAAUUAUAAUGAUGAAAAUUCAUAUCACUGCUCGGACAUCAUCGCAGUUAUUUUCAAUUGCAUUUGUACUUUUUAUAAAUAUCCUAUCAUUCAUCGUUCUAUUUAUACACGAAUAUGAUAUCAUUAAUAGUAUGAAAUUAUUUGUAACUACAAGAAGGAAACUAUCAUAAAUUCGUAAGAAAUCUAUAACCGCAAACCGUUACGGCCCGUACGUUCACCUUCGAUACAGCUGCGAUGAAAUUAAAUCCUUGGUAACUUACAUUUUUGGAAGAGGAUGUAGCGUAAGUCGAACGACUUCCGAAAGGAUACACCGCAUUGCGGUGUUUAGUCGACACGAUAGUUACGCCACUGCAAAAGAGACAACCGCAUGUGUACGUAAAUACGUACGUACGUAUGUGUAUUUACGGUCGUGGCGUAUCGCGUAUCGAGUCGCCGCCGUCGCCGCCAUUCGAGCGGUUAGCGCCUGCGUACAUCUUGUUUACAACUGCGGAGCUUACCAUACACAUGACCUUUACAAUAUGGACACGAGCGCCUAUUUAGCUGUCUAGGCGUGCGACGGAAAAAAGUUCAAGAUACGUGCGUGUCGUUUGUGAACAUUGAUGUGUACCGAAGAAACGAGGAAAUUUAGUGUUCUUUAAGUUGAUUAUACGAAGAAAACGGUUAAAGCGCACAACUUGGUGAUCACGAGUGACGCGAUAUUUGUCGCUCGCACGCGGGCGGAAGGGGGAAGAGAGGGAUGGUGGGUACGAAAGGAGACCCGAAUUUUUCACCUCGAGCAGAUGUGAUUGUCGUGAACAGAUUUCGCGUGUAUCCAAUCGGGAGUUCGCGUUCAGGACGUGCCGUGCACGUUGGCGAAGUGUUGUUAACCGCAUCGUGAAAUCCAUUCGUGUGUUUCCGCAAAGUGCUCGAUAUAUAAGGGGUGUGGGAAGAGAAGUGCGUUCUCGCAUCGACCUGGAAUGCUGCCGUGUUUUGAUGUGCCUACUAUUGCGCAUGAAAAAAUCGUCCUGCCCUUGACAAUAGCCUAUUUACCCGAAGCAAGCCGCCUUUAUACCGCGCUAACCAACGAUAAGAGGGGUUCAACCACCCACCUGCGUGUGUAUCGCCCGUCCCUCUCUUUUUCUCUACCUCUCUACGUAUUUCCUCUAAGGGUGCGUUUAGACUAAACGAGCUAGAGCAUUCGCUCGUGCUCGUUUAGUGUGAACGAUCAUUGAACGAACCAUUCGGUCAUAACAAAC